AGGGUGUUCGACAUCACCAGAACGUUUCCUCUUGCUUUGGAUGUUGGCUCUGGAAGAGGUUACAUAGCUCAACAUUUGAACAAGGAAACGGUUGAAAAACUUAUUCAAGUUGAUAUUGCAGAGAAUGCUUUAAAAAACGCUGUAGAAUCGGAAAUACCUACAAUCAGUGUUAUAGCUGAUGAGGAAUUCCUUCCUUUCAAAGAAGAUACAUUUGAUCUUGUUGUUAGCAGUUUAAGCUUACAUUGGGUGAAUGACCUUCCUAGAGCUUUUAGAGAGAUUCACCGAGUUCUUAAGCCGGACGGAGUAUUCAUUGGUGCAAUGUUUGGGGGAGACACUCUGUAUGAGCUUCGCUGCUCUUUGCAGCUAGCAGAAUUGGAGAGGGAAGGGGGAUUUUCUCCUCAUGUAUCACCAUUCACUGCUGUCUCUGAUUUGGGACAUCUGCUGUCAAGAGCUGGCUUUAACACCCUGACUGUGGAUACCGAUGAAAUUCAAGUCAACUACCCAGGGUUGUUUGAGGUUAUGGAAGACUUGCAAGGUAUGGGGGAGAGUAAUUGCUCUUGGAAUAGAAAACCUCUGCUACACAGGGGGACAAUGUUGGCAGCUGCUGCAAUAUACAGAGAAAUAUAUGGAAAUAGCGAUGGCUCAGUACCUGCCACAUUUCAGAUCUACUACAUGAUUGGCUGGAAAUUCCAUGAAUCACAGGCAAGGCCAGCCCAGAGAGGUUCUGCAACAGUUUCCUUUGGAGACCUGGCAAAAAUAGAUGGACUUAUUUCAAGAGGAAAAAAAUAG